AUGCAGGUAUUGCUCAAUGUAGGCGCAGACCCAAACGCAAAAGACGUGCACGGUUACACCCCCUUGCAUAUGUUAUUCGAAGGGAGCUCGGUCAGUGAAGUUGAUCGGAGUAUUCUGCUUGAUGUUCUUCUUGCAGACCGACGAGUCGAGAUCGAUGAGCGCGACUAUGAUGGUUGCACGCCACUGCAUGCUGCAGCUUGGAGGGGCCACCUACAGACUGCUCUGAAAUUUGCCAAGCAAGUUGUCCGUAUGCCAGACAAGGUCGAUAUCAAUGCUCAAGACAAUGAGGGGAAAACACCACUUUGGGGCUGCAUCAGCAUCGACCGGUAUCGUAUGGCUCGUAUCCUCCUAGAACAGGAUAGGCUUGAUCCUAAUCUCGGUCCAAAGGAUGAAUUUCCAUUAUUGUUUGCUGUUCGUCAUAAUCAGAGACUGACGGUGAAAUCCUUGCUGAAAUCGAAGCGCCUCGAUGUCAACAAGAGAACCACCACAGGCAAGACAGCUUUAUUGGAAGCUAUAGAGAUCAGCCAUGUGGAAAUCAUUAGAAUGCUUGCUAAAGCCGGUGCCAACCCGGAUAUUGGAAUGAACGGAGGCAAAACAGCGCGGCAGCAGAUGUUGGCUGCAGGUAUUCAUAUCAAAUGGGAGACUUGCCCGGUAUGUUGA